GCGUCAGGGAGGCCGGGGCGGGAGCGUCGUUUCCUAGCAGCGGCGGCCGCCGCCAUGGCGCCGCCGGUGGGCUACGCGCUGCUGUGCGGGCAGGCCGCGCUGCUGCUCGGUAACCUCCUGCUACUGCUGCAGGGCGCCUCCCGCGGCCUCCCGCACAACGGCACCGAGGCCGAGGCGCCGGGGACGCCCGCCGCCGCCUGGGCCUACACCGACCCGCAGGCGCCGCUCGUCCUCUGCACCUACCUCCCCGAGGAGUUCGUGGAGUGCGAGGAGCCGGUGGACCACGGCGGGAACGCCACGGCGCAGCAGGAGCUGGGACACGGCUGCGUGAAGGGCGCCCGCACCGCUCCCGCAGUUCGGCGGACAGGCCUACGGCGAGGUGGAUCACACGCGGGUGCAGUGCCGAGCGCUGGACGGCAUCGAGUGCGCCGAGCCGCGGAGCUUCCUGCGGGGAAACCGGCCCUGCGUCAAGUACACUGGACAUUAUUUUAUAACCACUCUGCUCUACUCCUUUUUCCUGGGUUGCUUUGGAGUGGAUCGAUUCUGCCUGGGCCACACCGGCACCGCCGUGGGGAAACUGCUGACGCUGGGAGGCCUGGGGAUCUGGUGGUUCGUCGAUCUGAUCCUCCUAAUCACCGGUGGGCUGAUGCCCAGCGACGGCAGCAACUGGUGCACCGUGUACUGAUGGGGGCAGAGGCUGCUCCCGAGAGCCGACCCUGACAGAAGCUGGCAGGGCUGGAGCCGGACUCCUCCGCUCGUUCUGCAGCGUCAGAACAGACUUUUCUGCCUUGCGCAAACAUGGAUUUACAAAGCUGUAACUUAAUGUGCAGAGCAGUUGUUCUUGCUAAUUCCUCUGUAUGAACCUCACACACGAAACUGUUCGGUAUAUAUUUUGCUUGACUAAAAUAAUCUGGAUUCCCUCCCUCUGCGAGCGGUAGCAGUUUAAGAAAUCAGACCUUGCAAACACAGGCAGUCAAACAAAUCUUAAUAAAGUCUGGAAGGAGCUGA